CUGAGGACCCGAGCCCGCGCGGGGAAAACUGCCCUGAGCUUGGCUUAGGGAUGGUCCGCAGGCCGCCUGGUGGGAGGAGGACCGCCGUGGCCCGGUCGGUUCUGUGGUUGCCCUUCCCCUGGACCCGACUGUAUUCGUUUGUCAUCACCGCCUUGGCCCCGACCCCUCGUCUCAGGCCGUCGCACGCGUUUUGCGUCAGUUGGCAAGCAAGGCACUUUACGGCCGUCGUGCUGCUCGUGUCAGUCAACAUGGAGGCAGAGGAAUCGGAGAAGGCCGGAACGGAGCAAGAGCCGCUGGAAGGAACAGAACAGACACUAGACGCGGAGGAGGAGCAGGAGGAAUCCGAAGAAGCGGCCUGUGGCAGCAAAAAGCGUGUAGUGCCAGGUAUUGUGUACCUGGGCCAUAUCCCGCCGCGCUUCCGGCCCCUACAUGUCCGCAACCUUCUCAGCGCCUACGGCGAGGUCGGACGCGUCUUCUUUCAGGCUGAGGACCGGUUCGUGAGACGCAAGAAGAAGGCAGCAGCAGCUGCCGGAGGGAAAAAGCGGUCCUACAGCAAGGACUACACCGAGGGAUGGGUGGAGUUCCGUGACAAACGCAUAGCCAAGCGCGUGGCGGCCAGUCUACACAACACGCCUAUGGGUGCCCGCAGGCGCAGCCCCUUCCGUUAUGAUCUUUGGAACCUCAAGUACUUGCACCGUUUCACCUGGUCCCACCUCAGCGAGCACCUUGCCUUUGAGCGCCAGGUGCGCAGGCAGCGCUUGAGAGCGGAGGUUGCUCAGGCCAAGCGUGAGACCGACUUCUAUCUUCAAAGUGUGGAACGGGGACAACGCUUUCUUGCGGCCGAUGGGGACCCUGCUCGCCCAGAUGGCUCCUGGACAUUUGCCCAGCGUCUUACCGAGCAGGAACUGAGGGCCCGGAAAGCAGCACGGCCAGGGGGGCGUGAACGGGCUCGCCUGGCGACUGCCCAGGACAAGGCCCGCUCCAACAAAGGGCUCCUGGCCAGGAUCUUUGGAGCCCCGCCACCCUCAGGGAGCAUGGAGGGACCUUCCCUUGUUAGGGACUCCUGAGGGCCUGGGUGGCCCCUUCCAUUUCCUGGCCCUGCUCUGCUUCCUGUCUACCUCAUACUAGAAUGAUAGUGACUACCCAGGCAGACAUUUUACUGUGUUUCUCAGACCAAGUGUCUCUACUGAUGGCCCAAACGUGGAAUUUUUGUGGGCUUCCACUAUCCCCACUCGGAACUCCUGUAUGUGCCUGGCUGAGUCACCUAAUUCAUACUGUCAUACUCGCAUGAUUAUGACUAUUGCAUAUGCUUGUUUUGUUUGACUCUUGGCUGCCUACGUCUGUAGGGUCCCCUAAAAAUCCCACUUCCUGUCCCCUGGAAGGGCCUUUAUUUCCAACUAGAGGGAUAAUGCCUAGUCCAGGCAAUCUUUCUCUGUUUAGCAGUCACAGGUGAGGGUGGUAUUAGCAUCUUUUUUAUGUAGGAAAAAUUGACAGUUAAUGGGGUGGACUGGGUUGGGAAGAAAUAACAUUUCUUCCUAAUGUAUUUAUAGGAAAUAAAAAUAUUUUUAUAUGCCUUUUUAUGUUUGUUGAGGGGGGUCAUUGGACAAGUUCCAACUUUUAUCUCCUUGUGUUCCCUUCACCUUCAUCUCCUGAUCUUAGAGCCCCCCUCCCCCUGCCACCCACCUUACUGUUUAACCUGGAUUUUAUUUUUCUAAUUAAUUUUUGUCUAAUAUCUUAGCCCAGUUUAUCAAUCAGUUAUCUUAGGUCAGCAUUUUCUAAGCCAUUGUUUGAGGAAAGAGUGACAGUAGGUAAUAACACAUCUUAGUAUUAAGAGUUUUACAGGCCACUAGUAUAAGAUAGACAUCGUGGUAGAUGCAUAUAAGGGGUGAAAUGGGAGCCAUGGCAGGUCAUAGAGUCCUCUCUCAGUGGGAACCUGAUUGAUGAUCACAGUCUUCAGUGGUGAGUCAGUCCUCACCAAGUUUUCCAGAUCAUUCCUAAAAAGUAAACUGGGAGAAUAAUAAGUCUGAAAGAGUCUGGAGUGCUCCCACAAUUGCAAACAAUGCUUCGUGGGUGGAGUGUUGAGUUGGAACCAUUGUAAAGGUGGGCAAAGCCUGGUAGAGAACCAGUGCACCUCAGGUGCACUUAUAUAUGGUGGGGCUGAGGCAAAGCAGCCCUGUAGGCUUGAAAGAAUCAGUGUUAGCCACUAAAAGGAACUGAAAACCUAGGUGUCACAAUAAACAGUCUACACAGUCUCACGUAGACCAAAAUUCUGAUCAUUUUCCAGGCUGUUUCAGGAAGUGGUAGAGUAUGAUUAUAAUUUGUAUUUUGCUUGUGCUGUUUUUGUUUUUCAUCUGUCAAUGUGAUGAUCUGUGUUUUAUGGGGUAGAGUGGAUUUGUCUACUUUGGCUGUAAAAUACCCUAACCACCUUAUGAUCUUGAUAGGUGCACUUUCCUGGGGAGAAUAAAAAGGACCAUACAGUAAA